ACGAUGAAGACUGUUUGAAAGUACGCGUAUCACGAGAGUACGUUGUCGUCGCACACGUAACACGAAAUUUUAUUACGAUUUCCAAGUGCUAUAUUUAACAUUACGUGGCCCAUUUAGAAUAUUUAAGUCGAAUACAAGUUGCCAAUUUUUUGUCUUAUUCAUCAGUUCCAUAACGUUACGUUUCAGACAAGCUACAAACACAAAGAUGUACCGGUCGUAAAAUUUCGUUAGCCUUUCGGGCGACACUGAAAAGUAUAUAGAAAAAAAAGAAAGAAAGAAAGACCAUACUAUAUCGAAUCCAAGCCAACGAUUUAUUCAUAAAGUUAAUAAAUGUUUAAUAGUUACGAUUUGUGUGUGGUGUUUUGUUUGUCUUUAUAAUUUUGUUUUUUUUUUCGCGUGUUCGCCGGGUAGUUUUGAAAUGGUUCGUUGCGUUUAAUUCAUCGGUAUACUCGUAAUUCAAGUACCAUAAUUAUAGGCAUAUUUAGUUCAUUGGGUGUUUGGUUUCGAUGGUUUGAUAGAUUCGAAAUGAACAGAUAAAGAACAGCGUACCCGUAGGGUGCCUCGAACAAAUCUUCUCAACUAGGAAGAACCAUCAAGAAAAUUCUGUAACUUAAUUCGAACAAGAUUAAAAAAUGGAGCAGUUUGAACAAUUACUCACCUGCGCUAUCUGUUUGGACCGAUACAGAAAUCCUAAGUUAUUGCCAUGUCAGCAUUCAUUUUGUAUGGAACCAUGCAUGGAUGGUUUGGUAGAUUACGUCAGGAGACAGGUGAAAUGUCCAGAAUGCCGAGCCGAGCACAGAAUACCAUAUCAAGGUGUUCAAGGAUAUCCCACCAACGUGACGUUACAACGGUUUCUCGAGCUGCAUAUAGAAAUUACUGGCGAAUUACCGGAUCCAACCAGUGGCCAGAUCAUGAAAAGAUGUAACGUUUGCUCAGAGAAAGCUUAUUGCACUAUGUGUUUACAUUGUGAUAAAGAGAUAUGCCCGGAAUGUAAAGGAGCGCAUAAAGACAUUUUACGCCGAGAAAUCUCUAGAAUUACAAAUCAGAUUAGAAGAGCUCUUCAUCGUCUCGAAGACAUACUGGCGUACGUGGAGAAAAGUAUGCUGGCUUUGCAACAAAAUUGUACGUCGGUUUCCGAAGAAGUCGAAGAAUUAUACGGCCGUUUGAAUAAAGCGUUGAAAGAUCGUACAGAAUAUUUACGAAAUGAAAUCGAUCGAUACCUAACCACCGAGCAUAAAAAUCUAUCCAGUUUGAAAGAAAACCUACAAGUAGAAAUUUCAAACAUUCAAAGCAACUGCGAUUUGGCCGAUAAAUACAUGCAAAACGAGGUGGUAGAAUGGGACGAUUGCGAACUGAUGGAUGCCAAAGAGAUAUUCUUGAAAACGGUCGAAUUCAUUAGGUAUUUCGAAACUGAAACCGGUGAUUAUACCAGACGAGCGAAAUUUAUCAUGGCUCACGAACCGAAUCAAUUAGUCAAACACGUAGCUGGCUACGGUGAUUUAUCGAUAAACAAUCCUCAUCAAUUUUUAACAUCGGGAAAUGCUCACCCGACAAGUGGCAACAUGUUACAACCACCUGGACCAGGUUUAAUGAGAUCAAAAAGCGAUCACAGAUUAGCUUCGCAAUUUCGCCAACAAGAAGAACGAGGAGGAUACGAUGGGAAUUCGGAAAAUAGCGGCAGAGUGUCUCCUCUGGGAGGACGUAAGUUUGGAGAACGCUAUCCUACCCGAAGUGCCACCAGCGAUAGACUCGAUAAUCGUUACGGUCGAGCAGAUCGAUCCGAAUACGGUACGGAUUUCGAUUCUGGUUACGAUAACGAAGGCGGACGAAGUGCCAGAUCACGUUUUCGAUCACGCUUGGCUGCCAGACACGCUAACGAAAAUGCGGAUUCGGAUACCGACGUACAAGGUCCGAGAUCGGUUCGAUUUUCCGAUACACAUAUCCAACAUCCGUGUGAAAAAGAACGAGACCGUGUGCUAGAUACCGAAGACGUAGCCAAAGGACCGCUCAGCGGUAUCACGCGUUUGUACGACUCGCCCAGAGUGAUGAAAAGACUGCAAGAAACCGAAACGAAGAAGAUUAAAAAAGAAAAAGAACCGACGCCGUUACAACAACAAAAAUUUCAACCACCGCCUCAACGAAAACCAUCGAAUACAGCUCCGGUAACUCAAAGACAGGUCAGCGAAGAUGAUGAGAUUUCGCGCAUAAAACGACAAAAUAAAAAUGCUCCCGCUGCACCCGCCGAAGUUCCUGCCGAAACGCCGCCUCAUCGAACUACAGUCCCUGAAAGAGUCAGCUCGCUGCGAAGAGACGAUUCUAGAGACGAACGCCAGGUCUCUUCUCCGAAUAGAUCUUCGGCUGCAUCCGAUCGUAAUAGAAAAACACCCGCCAGAGAAGCGGUUUCUAGCGAAGAAGACAGUAACGAAGACGACAAAGAACAAGAGGAAGCUGUGAGUUCAUUGCAACAAACACAGAGGAGAUCGAGUAAAACGCCUGUGACGAGUGGUUCGAGAAGAUCUUCCGCCUCAUCGGAUAUCGUAUCUCAACCUGGAGCUGUUUUGAAGAAAUCUGCUCGCUCAGCUAGUUCAGAUUCGACCGCUUCUUCGGAGUCUUCAACGGGUUCGUCGUCCGGGGUUCGAAACACGGGCGCUGCUUUCACCACCGAUGAGCUGAGACAGCAGUAUUUAACGAGAACUGGUCGAGAAUCCAGUGCGAAAGGAAUGGCUGAUAGUAAUAGUGGAAAUUCUAGUCCUAGAACCAAAGUUCCGCCAGAUACUAAGAAAGAGGUUACUCCUACAACGGGUGCUUCCCGUUUUCAAAGUCGAUUUCUAAGUGGAGCUAAUCGUACAAAUUCCACAUCUUCACCUAUCAACGAGAAACCAAAAGCUGAAAAUGUUGAAGAAGAUAACGACGAUGACGAAGAAGAAACCGAAACGAGCACCGAAAGCGAAGAAACUGAAAGCGAAGAUGAAGUUGGAAAGAAAACUGAAACCGGAGCUAAAUCUGGCCUGGAGAAAACCGAUAUCGGACCACUUCUUGCUCGAAGUGCUAAUGCUCGCGAUAACGGACCAGGAUCACCCGGGGCUAAUUCAUCGUAUCGUAGGAGUAGCAGGGAUGAUGGAUCUUCGUCUUCCAGAUAUAAUACAAAUUCGGACGCUUACAGGCCAUCUUACGCAUCGCCAAAGGACGCCAUCGCAAACCGAAGCAGCAGUAAGUACCUGAGCAACAAUCGAAACGAUGAACCGGAACCUAAGUCUCGGUUCACUAGUCGCUUUUUAAACAAAAGUAAAAGUACAGCAAUGGCACCCACCACGGACGAGGACGAUUAUCUGCAAGGAACAGGUAGACGGUAUUCGGGAAACGACGAUUCUGCCUAUUUUAGAAGAGAGCCAGCAGCGUACACGUCGUUCAAAGAUAGAAAAGCGCGGCUAGCUCGAAGCAAAAGUACGCACGGUUUCGGCGAAGAUUUAGAAGGCGAUUUAGAUGAAAACUCUGCCAGUUCAUAUUAUCCGGCUUCGUAUUUGGCAUCAAAAGCAUCUAACGCUGGCAACGACUUAUCGCGGAGUAGGUCUAGCCACGUUCUUAAAUCGAGGGAGAAUUCGCCAGAACGGCCGUUAUCCUCUAAUACAGGAUCGGAGAAAGACGGCUCAUCGUUAAGUUCAUGGGCUAGGUACUUGAAGAAUAAAUACGGCAACAGGAGCAAAGACAUAAAAGAUAAUAAUCUGCCUUCUUCGGCGGUCAGCGGUCCGAGCAGUUCGACGACAUCGCGAAGGCUCUCUUUAGGACUGCCUUUAAGGGGUAAUAAUUCAGCCAGUGUUGAAAGUUCUGACGACGAUCAAAAAAACCUGGAAGGCUCCCCCAACUCUCCUACAGCAGCUACAGCAGUCCAAGCAGGUUUCGCAGAGGUAGGUACUACUCUUAGAAGUCAAUAUAUGCAAAAGAGACAGCUGUGCUUCAAGAUAGGAAGUCGGGGGAGUGGCCCCGGAUGCUUUACAUGGCCCAGAGGUAUUGCCGUUGGGCCUGAUAAUUCCAUUGUUAUUGCUGAUUCUUCAAAUCAUAGAGUUCAAGUUUUCGACCAAAAUGGAAAAUUUAUGAAAGAAUUUGGUAGUUUUGGAAAUGGCGAAGGAGAAUUUGAUUGUUUAGCUGGAAUAGCAGUCAAUAGAAUUGGUCAAUAUAUUAUUGCGGAUCGAUAUAAUCACAGAGUUCAAGUAUUGGAUCCAUCUGGAAGAUUUUUGAGAGCAUUUGGUAGUCAAGGAACUGCAGAUGGUAGAUUCAAUUACCCAUGGGGAAUAACGACCGAUGCUUUAGGAUUUAUAUACGUUUGUGACAAAGAGAACCACAGAAUUCAGGUUUUCCAAUCAGAUGGCACAUUCGUUGGUAAAUUUGGUUCGUACGGUAAUAAAAUCGGUCAAUUAGAACACCCCCAUUACAUCGCAGUUUCCAACACAAACCGUGUCAUUGUUUCGGAUUCGAACAACCAUCGAGUGCAAAUAUUCGACGUAAACGGCAGAGUUUUAAAUUCAAUCGCGAGCGAAGGCUCCUCCAAUGGACAAUUCAAAUUCCCCAGGGGAGUGGCGGUAGAUGAUCAAGGUUAUAUUCUUGUUGGCGAUUCAGGAAACAAUCGUAUACAGAUAUUCCAUCCAGACGGCACGUUCCUGAGGUCGUUCGGAUGCUGGGGCUCGGGAGACGGAGAAUUCAAGGGAUUGGAAGGAGUAGCAGUCAUGUCGAACGGAAAUAUAUUAGUUUGCGACCGAGAAAAUCAUCGCGUUCAAGUUUUCUAAUUUCUUCCUAUUUGUAAAUUACGACUGCGCAAUUUUGAAUUAUUGCUCACAGUUUUUUUUUCUAAGCGUCAGCAUUUUACGAAUUUGUUUUUUAUUACGCGUUUUCGAUUUGUUUAAAAAGUUCGGUUACCUUUGAGUUAUAUUCUUUCUUUAGCGAUUUUUAAAUUUUUACUAACAUUUGAUUUAUUCGAUGUUGUUUAUAAAAACGAGCUUGCUGUGAAACAAAUAAACGAAAUUGUUAGAAAGAGAGACGCGAAACAAAA